AUUAUUUUCAAUCUGUGUGUUGUGUUGUCGUAACUAAAAUCACAUUUUUUCUAUUUCUUAAAAUUAAUUCAUUAAUUAGAUCUCCAUUUGUAAAGUAGUCGAAAACUUCGAGUAUCUAAAAGAAAAUGAAACUUUUGAUUGUAUUUUUCUUUACAAUGAUUGUUGUGGUAUUGGGUGGCAAAAAAAUAAAAGCCCGACAGUCUAAUGAACAGGAACAGACAGAUAUUGGUAGUGUCGGUCCAUUACUCGGCACUGCCGGCAGUAAGGCUAAGGGCUUGAUUGGUGCCAUCAAAUCGGCAGAUGAAGACAGCGAUGAUGAUAAUGGAAAGGCGACUGAAGAGGACGCCGAGGCUACAACUGGUGCCGUGGACUCGUUAUUAGCUAAUCCAGCGAAGGCUGCUUUAGGUAAGGCGACAGAUGCUAAGGCGGCUGUGGAUAAGGCAACUAAAAAAAUAAAAAAAACAAAAGAUACGGCAAAUACGUCAGCCAAACAAAAACAGGGAAAAGAGCAAAAAGUAGUUAUGGGUAACAGUAAGGGUGCCAUUGCUAUCACACAAAAGGACGGACAGAUUCAGACAAUGUCCGGAACCAGUGGUGAUAAAAAAGUCAAGGCUUCCAAAGCAGGCAAACAAAAACAAAAACAAUCGCAAUCUGUAGUCAUUGAAUCUGAAUAAUAAUUAAAUCAAAUAUUAUAUAUUUAUAUUUAUUCAUCUAAUUAUAAU